CAGCUAGUAUCCCGCAGAGCUCGUCCCCUCCGUGGCAUCUCCUCGUCUCCCUGAAUCCCACUGAUGUGCGACUUCCUCCCGGCGGCUGAACCAGAGGAUGUCCGGGCUUGUUUCGCGUUAACGUUGAGACAAAGAUCCAGGAAACAUCCGCACUUCCCCCGUCAACUGGACACAAGGUGGAAUGAGGAUGACUGCUGUGGACUGAAAUCCAUCCCGAGUAACAAUAUGAAGCAGAAGCUGCUUCGUGGUCUCCUUUCGGAAAUUUCCGUCCGAAUAGCGUUGUUGGUGGUGUUCCUUGUGACGGAGCAGCUUCCUCCUUUCUUCCGUGAUAUCCAGCCCGAGGAGAUGUGGUUGUACAAAUUCCAUCGUGUGGAGAAUGACCACGUUCCCACCUCGCUCAUGUUUAGUGUAGCAGUUUUCACCCCACUGAUUGUCAUCGUGGUUUUCACCUUCAUGAGGAAGUCGGAGCGAGGAGAUCUGAAAGAAGCCUCGCUGGCUGUGACUCUGACUCUGGUGCUGAAUGGAGUUUUCACCAACGUCAUCAAACUGGUUGUUGGCAGGCCGCGACCGGAUUUCUUCUACCGCUGUUUCCCAGAUGGUCUGAUGAACCUUGAGCUGCACUGCACCGGUGACCCAGAUACGGUCAUAGAGGGCAGGAAGAGCUUCCCCAGCGGGCAUUCCUCCUUUGCCUUCGCAGGUUUGGGUUUCACAGCGUUCUACAUCGCAGGAAAGCUGCGCUGCUUCAACGUGGUGGGCCAAGGAAGAGCGUGGCGGCUGUGUGCCUUCCUCACCCCUUUGCUCGUGGCGACUGUGAUCGCCCUCUCCAGAACCUGCGACUACAAGCACCACUGGCAAGAUGUGUUAGUGGGUUCUCUGCUUGGUCUCGUCUUUGCCUGGCUGUGUUACCGGCAGCACUACCCUCCACUUCAGGACCCCGACUGCCACAGACCUCUGCGUCACAGAGAGAUGGUUCCUGCUGCACAGGAGCGCAAGCUGGCCAACUCCAACUACAUCCUGCCCAUGUAGUGCAGCUGUAGCCGGAGAUUUACUCUUUGCAGAUGUAAUCUAUACUAGGUUACAUGGUAAUCUUUCUUACUCUGGUUUUUACACCCUUCAGGCCAGGCAGUAAAUCAGUAUUUAUUGUUAGUCGUUGAUCAGUGUAAAUGUACGGUGGCAAUUUUCUUUUUGUAAGGUGACACACAAUAUGUUUUCCAAACUGAAUUUAGAAAACAAAUUAUUCUCGGGUGUUUUCUGAGACACAUGAGUAGCGGAUAAUAACAACACAUUUUUAUGAGUCGCAUGUGAUGGACAUGAACUAUGCGGACAGCCUGGAGUGUGUGUUUCCAAACCUUAUAAUGAUGUCAAUACCUUCUGGAUGUUUUACUGGAGGUCUUCUGGUUGUCUUGACAUCGUUCUCCAUAUGGCUCAGCCCCCCUCCACCCACACACACAUGGACACACACACCCUGUAUAUUGUGCCUAUGGAUGACAUGACUUUAAAUACUCCCAACAGUUGAGCAAGUCACCGAAACAACCACUGCACUAUUCGUCCACUGCCCAUCAAACUCUGGCUCAGCUGCUGGGACACAGUCUCUCUUGCAGGGCCCACUAUUUGGAGAUGUUUUUGUAAACUUGCAACUUUCUAACCAAACAGGGUUGAGUUAAAGGGAAACCUGUAUAUAUAUCUUAUCAUUUUAUUUCUCUGCAUGGCUGUUCAUUCUUGACCUCUCGCAACAAUAUAGGAUGAGUGUAAUGGAAGUUCAAAUAUCAUGUUUUCAACAGCGGCUCCUGGUGUCGGAGCUGGCUGAGGUGUCAUCACGUGACCUAAAUGUGAAACAGCGCCGCGAGACACUGAACAAGAAUAGAUUGUCAUGAGCAGAUGAUAUCAUUUCUCUCUAAGCACCAGAGCAGCCGCAGCAUCAAUUGACGCUGACCAUGAGUCAGCAUAUGGCAGGAGAAAGGUGAAGGAUGUUGCCAGAGACCAAAACUGAGUUAAUGGACAACUGCCCUCAUCGAGAGCCGGGCUUGUCUUCUGAGCGGCUUCAUUCGAACAGUCAAUGCCUUGCUCAAGGGCAGCUCUGUGACUGUAAUGAGGAAGAGAAAGGCACCCUCUAAUAUCUGUAACUUGUAACUGUCCAGUCCCAAGUCCACCUCUUAUACCUGCAGAGAUGGAUACUAACCACCUGUCACGACUUGACCAAACCUUCACAUUUAAUGUCACAUGACGACACAAGAGAGUGAGAUGUGAUGAAAAGCUGCAAAAUAAGUGGAACUAAAAGUGGGAAGAGAAAAUGUUGAUGUGGGUUGUUCAUGUCUGAGAGGGGUGGGUGACAUGGAUACAUAUCUUGAUAUAUUGCAUUGGUAUUUUAUUUUCUGAUUUUCUGCUAUGACAGGAGGGCCUUUGUUGAUCCAGAAAAUGAUACAUGACAUUAUGUUAAUAAUGAACUACAAUCGGUAUAAUGAAGAACUGAGAUUGCAGUAUUCUUUGUUUUUCUUAUUGUCAACAAAUCCCCUUGAUUUGACCCAAACCAAUAAUGUCUAUCUGUCUCAAAAUACUUUCUGUGGCACUUUCCUCAAACUCAUUCACUCUUACUGACUAUUUUAAAAUAACAAUCAUGAAAUUUAAGAAUACGUUUUCAAAUAAGCUAUGUGCCACAGAAGAAUCAGCCAAGUAGAUAGAUGUGGUAUUUAUAAGCUCUAUUGACAAUAAGAAAAUGUAGCAUAUGCUAAAGUCUCAGUGGGAUUUCUUUUUUAUCACAAGAUAUAGUGUCACCUCACCCACCCUGAUCUGACAGUAACCACAUCAGCUGUACUAAGAGGAAAAAACAACUUCCCUGCAGCUUUGGUUCCAGUAUUUUUUUUCUAUUUCUGCUUUCUCUGUGCUUUAAAUCUCUCUGUCAUCCUUUGGUACAUUUGAAUGUUUCCUUUCACAGAUUUUGGUAUUACCAUUUGGAAAAGGCGUCUUGAGCCCAAUCCUUGGUAAAGCAUCCCAAUGUAGCAGUUCCACUCAACUCUUCUUACUAUUUGAAUGAUUGUAUGACACUUGAUCAUUUCCUUGUUCUAACUGCACAUCACAUCUGCUGAUAUCAUUGUUCAUGUGACCCUAAAGCACCUAGGUCACUGCUUGUCACUGCACACUCCUCCGGCUCCUCUGCCAACAGAGCUAACGUGGGGAAGAGAGAUGAAUGUGCACAGGGGUUGGGUUUUUUGUGAUCACAGUGGAACCUGAUCAUUGUGAUGAACCUGAGUGGGGUCGGACUCUAACCUCUCCCUGUGAUGGUGCUAGCCUCCCAGUUCUGUUGCUGGUCAGGUUUCAUAUCCCAUCAAUAGUUUCGCUGGCACAUGAAGAUAUGGUAUUUUUUUGAAUUUUCCUCUGGUCAAUUCCAUCAACUUUCAUUCCAGUCAUUCAAGCCAAUCGUGUCUAGAUUUUUAAAUAUUUGUGAUUUUCUGUUAUUUUCUUUAAUUAUGCAAAAUUGUUGCUUUCACGUAGAGACAACGCACAUUUUUACUUUGAUGUUUUUAUGCAGAUUGCAACAAGAGACGACCAAACCUCCGUGUUUUUUGUUUGUUUGUGAAAACAGCCAACGUGUUGCAGGGUCAGAGCACCUUUCGUUCAUCACUGUGAAUCCGGCUUCAAGUGGCUGGAUCACAGUGGUUCAGACCAAACUCGGCAGAAAAAGAAAAUCAUGAAUUUGUGCCUUUGUUUAAUACAUUUUCUUUAUGACUCUGUCCAUGAAUGAACUGUAAACUGCAUGUAUCAGUGUCUGAUCUCUGUUACUUAUGUUUGCUUUAAAUCUUUACUUUUUUAUUGUUUUACAGUUUUUAGGAUUUACUUGUUAAGAGGUUUUAAUGUGGUUUGCGGCCUCCCUUUACCUCAGAAAAUAACACAUGUAAUUUAUUUCCAUACAUUCAACUGUACUUGUGAAGAUAUCUGUGAGAAGUGAACUAUUUACAACUGAUGGAAGAGGACGAAGAGCCUUUCUUUUUACAGACAUUUGAGAGAAAUGAUCUCUUACUUUACUGGGUCUUUCUUAAAGGUAUUUAUGAGAUGAUGUACAGGUCUAUUUGUAUUUAAUUUUGGGGCAUGUGGGAGUUUACUUGAAGUUUGAAUAUUCGUUUCUUUACCUUAAAUAUGAUGAUGUAAGUAGGAACCAUAUUUGUUGUGGGCACACAAGUUUCUGGAGGACCUUUCAGGUUUAAAAUAAAAAUAGGAAAUUGCAUUUUCCUGCAUGUUUCACAGCUACAUAUAAACAUUUUCCUCAUUAUUUUCUUUUAAAACUCUGCAUCUACAUCUAAGUCCAUUCACUUAUGUAAUUAUCAGUACACAUACUCUAUCAGGUGUGGUCUUCAGAUCUACUGUCAGGAUGAGGGAUUAUGUAAAAACCUGCCAGUUUGCAUCAUUGAUGUCAUGCCCAUCAUAAUUUGCCUUGGCUUCUCGGACCAUUUCGAUCCUGAUUGUACAUGUGACGCUUUAAAUGGAUCUUUAAGUGGCACAAAAUGAUGUUUCUAAAUUACCCUACACCACACAAUGUCCUCUGGCACUUUUCUGUUAAUAGCGGGCACCUGUUUAUAGAAUAUGGAUUUUAGAGGAUACAUUGAAAAGUGAUCAAUAAAUGCUACAUUAACACAAAUGUU